GCCUGUUCAAUGCAGUUAUUUUGUAAGCGUUUGUGAGUUGUGAGAGAAGCGUGUUUUCUGGCAGAGCAGAGAUUGUUUGUCUGUGAAGCAUGCCGAAGAGCCGAAUACCACCGAGCCGGAGAUACAAAAGAAGUAUUAAAUCUAAGAUCAAGCGAAGGUUUUGGAGGGAAAAAAAAGCACAACUUUACGAAACGGAGAAAUAUUCGACACAGGCAAGAUCAGGUGAAGAAAUAUCCAGCUCAGAAAAAAGAUCACUUUCAAUAGCUGAUCACGAGAAACCCAAGGAUUCCUGUGAUGACUUCAAUUAUUUGGACAAUAAUUACGAGGAAAGUGAAAGUGACUUCCCCGAAAUUGUGGUCGAACAUGACAAUAAUCACAUGCCUCUAGAAGAAAGACUGCUGGGAAAUAGAUGUGUAAAUAUUUGCCACUUGAUGAAAGAAAUGGCAGUAAUAGAGGAGCAUAAAAAAACCUGUACUUUGGGAAAAUUCAUUUUGAAGUCUGAAAUUCGCUGUGGACUCUUUUCUACAUGGAAAUUCCAAUGCGAAACUUGUAAUGAAAUAAAAAAGAUUACCUCACAUGAACCAAAAUAUUUUGAUGACAUCAACGAUAGUGUAGUAUGGGGUGCUCUGUCAAUAGGAAUCGGACACAGCCAAGUAGAAGAAUUGCUCUCUAUAAUGGAUAUUCCUUCACUUUCAGGAGAAAAAUUUAGAAAACACGAAUCUUCAAUUGAACAGGCCUGGGAAACAUAUUUGACAGAAAAGAUUCAAAAAUCUGGCGAAGAAGAGAAGAAAAUAGCAGAAGGCAAUGAACAUUUUUGUAAUGGAAUUCCAUACAUAACAGUUGUAGGUGAUGGUGGUUGGGGAAAACGCACUUACGGACAUGGAUAUAAUUCAUCUACAGGAGUAGUGAGUAUGCAGUGACUACUGAAAGUAAUAUACAUACAGUAAUUCACAUACUGUGAAUAUUUUUUUCUUUAGGAAUGUUUAUUACUUUUCAUAAUAGUGAAUACCUAUACUAAUAAUCAACUGGAGAAAAACCUGCGUCCAAUGACAUAAUGCUAGAAAACUUCACAAUAUCAUCUACUGUCUCCUUUUAAUUUUUUUCUUUGGCUGCUGAUUUUGUGAAAAGCUGUUAAUUUUGUUUAUCUCAUAUGACAGAUAAAUCAUAAAUCAACUCUGUUAUUUUAAAAUAUCCGAUGCUGGUUGAA